AUAGAUUCAUUCUUAUUCUUUUUCUACCAAAUAAGAAUCACGCAGUCAUUUUCUCUCUUUGGAGAAAGCAAUUAAAUUAUUGGUUGUUAUGUUUAUGUGCCGUCCCUCGUCUGCUAUUACCAUUAUUCUCUUAUUAUAACCUUACUUACAAUAUCAUCAAGAGUCCAUUACUAUUACCAUUAUUAUUAUUAUUAUUAUGGGCUGUGUUCAAGCCAAACCAUUUGAAUUUGAAUCUGAAAACACAACAAGUGCUCUUGAUAGAUUCAAAAUGGAAAAUGGUUAUGUUCCAACUUCUGAUUUUCUUGCUAAUAGAAGAUCCACUGGUCAAAAACAUGUUCAUCUUCACACUAUUAGUAGGGAGGAGGAUUCUGACUAUCUUCAUAAUAGACAACACCCCACAAAGCAUAAAGUACAAGUAGUUGAUUCUAGUGGAAGGGAAAAGAAAGAUUCUGAUUUCAAAUAUAUUAGUAAGAAGAAGCAGUCGAACAAGUGUUUUGAAGAUGAUAUGGUUGAUGGUUGGCCUAAAUGGUUAGUUGAUAAUGUUCCAACUCAUAUUUUGGCUGCUUUGGUUCCCAAGAGUGCUGAAUCUUACAAAAUGAUUGAUAAGGUAGGACAAGGAACCUACAGCAAUGUCUAUAAAGCUCUAGAUCGAGACACGGGCGAUAUUGUGGCUCUAAAAAAGGUCCGAUUCAAUACAUCAGAGCCCGGAAGCAUUAAGUUUAUGGCAAGAGAAAUCACAAUAUUACAGAGAUUGGAUCAUCCCAAUGUAGUAAAACUUAAAGGGUUAGCCACUUCAAGAAUGCAGUACAGUAUAUAUCUGGUUUUUGAUUUCAUGCCAACAGAUUUGUCAAGAAUUAUUGCUCGGCCCGAAGAAAGACUUACCGAACCACAGGUCAAGUGCUAUAUGCAUCAAUUGCUUUCAGGUCUUCAGCAUUGCCAUGAUAGGGGAAUUUUGCAUCGAGAUAUAAAGGGAUCGAAUCUUUUGAUUGAUAAAAAUGGGAUGCUUCAGAUUGCGGAUUUUGGACUUGCCAACUAUUAUAGCACUAAUCAAGACCAGCCUCUCACAAACCGGGUUGUGACACUAUGGUACAGAGCUCCUGAGCUGUUGUUAGGUUCCACAUAUUAUGGAGUUGGUAUUGAUCUAUGGAGUGCUGGAUGUCUCCUUGCAGAAAUGUUUAAAGGAAUUCCAAUCAUGCCUGGAAGAACAGAGGUUGAGCAACUUCAUAGAAUUUUCAGGCUAUGUGGCACACCGUCGGAAGACUAUUGGAGAAAGUUAAAACUUUCUACAACUUUUAGACCUCCAAAGUCUUAUAGACCUAGCCUGGUAGAAACUUUCAAGGAUCUACCCUCAUCUUCUUUAGGUCUUUUAUGUACUCUUCUUGCUUUGGAUCCUGCAUUCCGCGGCAGUGCAUCUAAGGCUCUUCAAAAUCAGUUUUUCUUUACAAGCCCAUUGGCUUGUGAUCUGUCUGGUCUUCCUGCAAUCUUCAAAGUAGAUGAUAAGCAUAUUCAAGCCAAAGAACAGAUCAAGUAUAUUAACUCUAAAAUCAGGCGUUCUCGUACAUAUCUGGAGCGUCGCAAGAAUUUAGCAUCUAAUAGGCCACUAGAACAUACUGUAUCCUCUAAAGAGGUCUUGAGAAAUAAUGCCGAGGCUGAAACUUAUGCUCCAAGUGAAGAACCAGGUAGUGCAACAAGUAGUACCUCAUCUAGUGUAAACCAAGCUGGAGUUAGGGACCACUCACCCCUCUUUCUCUCUCCAUUUCUGGCUUCCGAUCAAAAGCUGCCCCACAAAAUCUAUAGGCAUGCUAAUAUUGGUGAAAAAAACAUCAAGAACCUUCCUCCAUUAUCCAAGUCAAAGCCAAAUGUAACCAAGAAAGAUGAUAGCAGAUAUAAAACAGACCAGAUUUUCAGGUCCACUUCCACAAGAGAAUUUAGAAAGUUAAAAACAGAACAAAAUUUACUCUUUGAUAUUGAUGACUAGGCAAUCAAAUAUUAUGUACCAAAAAAUGGUUAUUUUCAUUAUAUCAUUUGAUUUGAUGUAUUAUGAAAGUUUCUAUACAUAUUCUAGCAAUAUUUGUGUUAUUGAACAAAAAGGGUCAUGUUCAAUGAAAGAAUUAAAGAAAAAUAUAGUUAGUUAAUUCUUUUGAAUA